CGUUGUCUUCUCUUACAGAUCCGUGCAGGAUCAAGAGUCUUGUACAGACCAAUUUCUGCAUCAGUGUUGUCUAGGCCAGAGGUCAGGACUGGAGAGGGCUGCUCAACACUUCAUGGGGUCCAGAGCGCUGUCUCCCAAGUAGCACUUAGAGAGUUCCAGACUAGUGCUAUCAGCAGGGAUAUUGACACUGCUGCCAAAUUUAUUGGUGCUGGCGCUGCCACAGUAGGAGUGGCUGGUUCUGGUGCUGGUAUUGGAACUGUCUUCGGUAGUCUAAUCAUUGGUUAUGCCAGAAAUCCGUCUCUGAAGCAGCAGCUAUUUUCAUAUGCUAUCCUGGGAUUCGCCCUGUCUGAAGCUAUGGGUCUCUUUUGUCUGAUGGUUGCUUUCUUGAUCCUGUUUGCAAUGUGAAGAGAUCUGCUGCUCGUAAUAUUGGCAUUAGUAAACUAUGAAUGUAAUUGUAUGUAUCUUACUGGGGCUCCCAAAUCUUGAUGUGGAAAUGAACAUUAUUUCCAAAGUCAUUUAAUUAAAGACAAUAACUUUA